AUGUCUGGCAAACUCAACGCUCCGGUUGUCAUGGCUACAUGUUGUCUGAGUGAAUGUGUACAAUUUCCCCCUCAAAUUGUCAAGAUUUCGCCCACCAUCUCGGUUUCACCGGGUCAGGACGCCGUGUUGACGUGUCGAGCCGCGGCCUAUCCGACGCCCAAAGUGAAAUGGAUGCACACGGCGCCGAUGGGCCAAAACGCCCGACUCGACAGGCAGCGCCAAUUGGCCGGCGUCGGCAGUGGCCAUCCCGGCUCAGUGGGCCUCGCUGGGCCGCAGGUUGCUGGGUCGGGGGCGAUCGGAGGCGGUGGCACCCAACUGACCGAGCCGAAAGACUUGGAGGCCACCCUUCGUCUCUCCGAGAUCAGCCAAUCGGCCAACUAUACAUGCGUGGCCUUCAACGAACUCGGCGUCGUCAAUCGCGACGUGGAGGUGGUUGUCAAGCGUGAGUUGCCCUCGAAAAGAGCCAAUUUGGCGGGUUGA